CACGAAACGGGUUUGAAAGAGCUGCUCGAGUCGAGCCAAGUCACCAAGCUCUUCUUUGACGUUCGCUCUGACGCCAAUGCCCUCUUUCACCUGCACGGCGUUCGAAUGUCCGGUGUUUUUGAUUUGCAGCUCUUGCACAUUGCGUCGCAAAUCGCUCGCGGCGAAAAGAUCCCGACACACCUGACAGGCCUUGCCAAAGUCAUCCAGGGCCUCUCAACUUCUUUCCUUUCUUAUGCUGCGCGCAACCGCAUGGACUGGAACAAGCGAGAGGCGCAGCGAUUGUUUGCGCCCGAACAGGGUGGCUCGUACGAUGUGUGGUUUACUCGCCCGCUUUCCGCCAUCCUCAUCGAGUACCUCACAGACGUGCACAUCUUUUCCCAUCUCUUGACCGCCCUGCUUCCGGAGGACCAGCGCGCCAUCCAUCGUCCUGCCAUCGAGCGUGCCUCGUCCCGCCGUUUGAAUAUUGCGCACGCGCUCGACUUUUCAAAGGACAAUCCCCGCAACAAGCUCGUCGACGACGAGCCCUUCAUCGACGAGAUUGUUUCCAACUGCUCGAGUUCUGUCCGUACCAGGAUUAGCAAUGAACGCGCUGAACUUCUCCGCAUCCAAGCGCUCCCAGUGAAGGACCGUGUCAGAACACGGGGCGGCGGACCCAGUGCCAUGCAGGAGGUGUCGGAAGCUCUUCGUGGCCACCGAACAAUCCAGCCGGUCAUCCUCUGGGACGUGGUCCAGUUCAUCUGUGCGCACAACCGCUGGUUUUCGUCGGAAGACUAUAUGGCGUUUCUCGAGCUUGCCAUGAGCAGCUACUACCUCACCAUCAAGCAGCGGCAGACCUGUAGCGAUUGGCGCUCGCGUAACGGUGCGCACAAGAACCAGCGCUACACCGACGAUGAGUGCUACGAUUACGAUGAUGCCGAUUCUGACUGACGCGAAGGUGUUUCGAUCGUCGUUGGAGCAACCGACGAGCGUUUGUUCUCGCUUGGUUUGGUUGUGAGUUGUUGUCGGUCAAAUUGAAGAAUCAGUCUGAGAGUUGCAGCUGUCGUCGUUCCUCUUGUGUUGUCUUUUGAUGUGCGUACACUAAUUCGCAUUCGUAGUAGCAGCAGUGCAAAUGCAAAUGGGUGAUCUCAG